AUGGCGGCGCGUAACCAGCGCCUGCUGCUGCGCGAGUUGGAGAACGACCUUCUUAUCAAGCAGAGCGAUGUGGAAAGCCUAACUCAACGCCAGGCACGCCUGCGAGCACGCAGCCAUGCGGCACGGGCGGUGCUGUCACAGUGCGAGGCCCUUCUUGCCCUUGCAGCCGCCCUGCAGCGCGACCCCCCCGACAACGGCGGUAGCAGCGGCAGCGGCGACACGACGCCGGCGCCCAAGGGCAACAGCAGCCCACCAGUCAGCUGGGAUGAUCAGCUGGCGGCCCACAUGCAGGAAUUGAACCGCGAGUGGGUCGACAGCGAGUGGGCGGGCGACAACGUCACCGCAUGCAUGGUCGGCGGCGGCGUCGCCGCGGCCGCCACUGCUGCCGCGGCCACGCAUGAGCAGCCGAUCUGCCUUGGCUGGUCCCCAGGGCGGGCGGCCCAGGCGGCGGCGACGGCAGAGCUAACGACAGCGGGCCUCAGGAGCAAGCUCCAGGAAUUUGCAUGCAACGCCGGCCGCCUACUCCUGCGGAUCCGCCACGCCGCGCCCGACGCGGCCGACGCGCGUUGCCAGCUGGCGUCGCGGCGCUGCGAGGUCCUGGGGCUGAUAGCGCUCAUCGCCGUCCGCCCGCCGGCGGGGCUGUGGCCGCUAACCGCCGUGCAGCUCGCGCCCCUGGACGGCAGCGCGGGCGCGGGCGUGGCGGCCGCCGAGGCGCACUGGCGGUUCGCGGCGGCGCAGCUGGCGCUUGAAGACUCGCAGCGUGAGUAUGUCAAGGCGCUGCUAGAGUCGGACGCCGCGCGCGCGCGCCGCACCGCCGCGCGUCUCCAGGAGCUGCUGCUGGAGAGCGCCGCGCGCGCAGAAGACACAGAGGCGCAGGAGUGCCUGCUGCGCGAGCUGGAGCGCCUGCUGGCCUCCGACCGCGUCUGCGGCACCGCCGUCGUGCUCGCUCUGUAUGGCACCCUGCUGUCUGCGGAGCAAUCGGCUGCGUUUUCGGUGGCCAGCUGGCCGCACGCCGCCAGCCGGGGUGCGCUCGCAAGCCUGCUGCUCUCAAAUGGCGGCAGCGAGGCGACUGAGGUCGAAGAGGUUGCUGCCGCGUGCGAGGGCGGCUUGAAAAUGGCUUGA